AUGAAUUGCCUUCAGAAUCUUACGAGAUCUUCAGUUUCACCUUUGUUAAGCUCUGGAGGCAAUCACAGAGAUCCUUCUUCGUCUUCUUUGAAAAUGCUGCUACCUAUCAAAGCCAAUGAUCCUAAAUGUCGACUUGUUCUACAGGCGGUAUCAGAUUCGAAAUCCAGCGCAGAGAUGAGUGGUGUUUCCAAGGAGGAGGAAGAAAAAUCUGAUGAAUAUAGCCAAGACAUGACUCAAGCUAUGGGUGCUGUAUUAACUUACAGGCACGAGUUAGGAAUGAACUACAGCUUCAUUCGUCCUGAUUUAAUUGUUGGAUCUUGCUUACAGACUCCUGAAGAUGUUGACAAGCUCCGUAAAAUUGGGGUUAAAACCAUAUUUUGCUUGCAACAAGAUCCAGACUUGGAAUACUUUGGAGUGGAUAUAAGCAGCAUUCAAGCAUAUGCUAAGACAUUUACUGAUAUCGAGCAUAUUCGCUGCGAAAUAAGAGACUUUGAUGCAUUUGAUUUGAGAAUGCGUCUUCCUGCUGUGCUUAGUACACUGUACAAGGCUGUUAAGCGAAAUGGAGGAGUUACAUAUAUUCACUGCACUGCUGGAAUGGGAAGGGCUCCUGCUGUUGCGUUGACGUACAUGUUCUGGGUGCAAGGCUAUAAACUUAUGGACGCUCAUAAAAUACUUAUGAGCAAACGAACGUGCUUUCCGAAGCUGGAUGCUAUCAGAAAUGCAACAAUUGAUAUUCUUACAGGACUCAAGAAGAAGAUUGUCACUCUGACAUUGAAAGACAAGGGUUUCUCCACAGUAGAAAUUUCUGGCCUUGACAUCGGAUGGGGACAGAGGAUACCUCUGACACUUGAUAAAGGAACAGGAUUCUGGAGCCUGAAGAGAGAAUUGCCUGAAGGACAAUUUGAAUAUAAAUAUAUCAUAGAUGGUGAAUGGACACACAAUGAGCAGGAGCCGUUUACAGGACCUAACAAAGAUGGUCAUACCAAUAACUACGCAAAAGUAGUGUAUGAUCCAACGAGCGUAGAUGGUGCAACUCGGGAGAGGUUAACGAGGGAAGACCCUGAGCUUUUGGAGGAGGAACGCCUGAAACUAAUCCAGUUCUUGGAGACUUCUUCUGAGUCAGAAGUUUGAGAACAUCCUUGUAACUCUUGUGAAUCUACUACUUACUAGUAAACAAAUAAAAUGCUUUAUGUUGCUCAUACAUAAAGUUAUGUUUAUAGCCAAAAUACAAAAUGAAGUUAGUUGUACCAUGGUCAAGUAUAAUAUACUAUUACAUAAGACUUUAAUCUUUGUUCUUUUUAACUAUAUUCUUACACCAUGUUGGGUAGGUCCUUUUCAGAAAUAUAUUUGUUAA